GCUUGGCAACGCCUACUGCCGCAGGUUCUGUUUUCAGAUUGGUGUUUUUCCAAAGUCACGUGACGUUUGGCUUCUCUCCCCUCUUACCGGGUGGUGGUUGAGUAGUCCAGGCACCGGGCAGAGGAUUUAGCGCGGACAUGAGUGAGUCCCUGGUUGUGUGUGAAGUGGACGAGCAACUUGUGGAGAAGCUGAAGAAAUUCCGUUUCCGCAAGGAGACCAGCAAUGCUGCCAUUAUCAGUGAGUUAUCAACACGUAAAGGGGGAUCCCGAUCGCUCGUACUCCCUGUCAAUAGAAAUAUUGCCAUGAGGAAAAGGGACUCGCCCCCCCCUCCGAUAUAUCAAAGUGGAGUGAAAUCUCCUGUUGGGACGGCGCGGGGAAAUCUAAUUAUUAUUAUUAUUUUUUUCAAGGUGUUCGAGAUUAGAAACACUGAGGACCUGACCGAAGAAUGGCUGAUCGAGAAGCUGGGAUUUUUCCACUAACCUGUAUUAUUAUUAUGUUAUGGUUUUUUUUCUAUGUAAAGAAGCCUGAAGUAUAUUCCCUUUUAUAUACUUAAGUCUCAUUUUAGACAAGAUGUCCACCCACUCACCAAGUGUCUGUGCUGCAAAAGAUGUGCAGGUGUUUUUUUUUUUUUAAAUACAUAAAUUUAGCGACUUAACUCUUUCACUGCCUGGAGGUGGGAGAUGUAAGUACUGGAAAACUUAUCCUGACCACACUGGACCAUAUACACAUUUAUUACUCGGGAUUUACUAACCAGAUCUACCUGUUAUUAGAAUCUAUUAUGACAAUGAGAUAUAUCUCUAUAUAUAUAUAUAUAUAUAUAUAUAUAUAUAUAUAUAUAUAUAUAUAUAUAUAUACCCUGCUUGGCUCACCUGGUAUAUAGACGUGUAGUGUUGCCUGCAGCCGGCAUGUUUUUGGCUGCAUUAAAGGUGUAUUAUAUUUUUUAGCACUAUAUGCAUUAUGAGCACACAGUUUUCCAAUAUACCUUCCAUAUCUGUUCCGUAAAAAAAAAUAGAGCUAAUUUCUUCCAAAAACAGCACCGCCUCUGUCCACAGGUUAUAUGUGAUAUUACAACUUGGCUCCAUUCACUUUAAUGGAAUUGAGCUGCAAUACUGCACACAACCUGACGACACGGGGGGGUGGGGUGGGCUCUGUCAUGAGAUAUCACCUCUCCGAUCCCUGUACUGUAUGUCCGUCACAUGACCAGAGCGCAUUUUUAUUUACUGGAAGCAGAAGCAAGGGAAUGGAAAACUAUGAGGGAUUGAAGCAGGAAGUCUGAUAAACUACCUGCUAUGUACAAGAUUAGAAAAACAUAGCUACUUUCUCCCAGAAACAGCGCCACCCCUGUCUUCAGUUUGUGUGCAGUAUUGCAGCUCAAUACCAGACACGACCUGAGGUCAGGGGUGGCGCUGUUUAUGGAAGAAAUCGGCUAUAUUUCUUUGUUUCUAACACUGGAUCACCCCUUUAAAAGUCUAACAUUACAUGUAAAUACGGUCUGUGGCACUCCAGCUGUUUCAAAACUACAACUCCCAGCAUGCCCUGACAUCCUGCGGCUUUCAAGCUGUUGCAAAACUACAUCUCCCAGCAUGUCAGGACAGCUUGUGGAUCACUAGUUGUUGCAAAACUGCAACUCUCAGCAUGCCGGGACAGCUUGUAAAUCACUAGCUGUUGCAAAACUACAACACCCAGCAUGCCCUGACAUCUUGUGGAUCUCCAGCUGUUUCAAAACUACAACUCCCAGCAUGCCCUGACAUCUUGUGGAUCUCCAGCUGUUGCAAAACUACAACUCCCAGCAUGCUCUGACAUCCUGUGGAUCGUCAGCUGUUGCAAAACUACAACUCCCAACAUGCCCUGACAUCCCGUGGAUCGUCAGCUGUUGCACAACUACAACUCCCAGCAUGUCCUGACAUCCUGUGGAUCUCCAGCUGUUUCAAAACUACAACUCCCAGCAUGCCCUGACAUACUGUGGAUUGUCAGCUGUUGCAAAACUACAACUCCCAGCAUGCCCUGACAUUCUGUGGAUCCUCAGCUCUAGCAAAACUACAACUCCCAACAUGCCCGGACAGCCUUCGGCUGUCCGGGCAUGCUGGGAAUUGUAGUUUUGCAACAGCUGGAGGCACCCUGAUUAGAAAAAUACUGCUAUACAUAGAACCUUUUCAGCAGAAUCACGUACAUGUAGUUGGCGGUACAGCAUUGCGCUCUGUCGGAUACUCGGGCGCCAAGCAGGGUAAACUGGAAACUACGAUUUUAAGCUAAUUUAAUGUAUUUUUUUUGUUUUCUAAAUAUUGAGGAACGAGUAUUAUACAGAACGGUAAUAAAAUGUGAUGCAUGAUGAGGAUAAAUCUGCACUAUCAUACGCGCAUCCCUGUCGCUUUUUGCAUCGCUGUUCUCUCCUUUCCCCGUCACAUGGUGCCAGAUAUGUCCGUCAAAUAUUUAACGUUCCCGGAUUUCCGGGGGUCUCACAUUCCAGAUGGGACACAUUUCCCUACCAGCACGUGUGAACCCGGUCAAUGUAUGUUAUCCGGGUAAGAUAUACUUUUAGCCCAAUAAAUCAUACCGCCAUAUUGGGUCGUACGGUCACAUUCCUUCAGACGCUUGCAUCUGCUUCAGGUCAUUUUUUGGGGUUUUUCAUUUUUGAUAAGCCCUUCUGUGGGCUGAACCGAUUGCUGUUUACCGGUUGAGCGCACAAAAUGGCCGCUUCGGCUGUGGGUCUGCUUCUGAGCCGCUUCGCAUGUGGUAAUGAUUGUCGGCAUGUUAUCUGUAUCCUGCAAAACUGACCGCUAUAUUGUGCGCUUCAUACAUACGUAAUUUCAAGUUGUCAUUAUUGCACAGGAAACGAAGGGUUCGGCGUGCGGCCAUCUUGGACAAAUGUUCACAACCUUGUCCAGAGGUCUCCGGCUGAAACUAAAACCAAAAUAUGUGUAAAAAUCAGAUCAAAUCACAUCAGUCGCAUACACUGUGGGUCCUGUUUUAGUAGAUAAUUGCAUUCCUUAUAAAAUAUUGUUUCUUAGGACUUUCUGUUAUACUGAUCCUGUUAUCACUCUCUCUAUGAUCAUAGAAAUUAGUGCAGGGAGGGAAUAGAGAGGACUGUGCAACUGUAACUGUAUGACCACAGUUCUAUGAUCAUAGAGAUAAGUGCAGGGAGGGGAUAGAGAGGACUGUGCAGCUGUAACUGUAUGACUGCACAGUUCUCUCUAUGAUCAUAGAAAUUAGUGCAGGGAGGGGAUAGAAAGGACUGUGCAGCUGUAACUGUAUGGACACACAGUUCUCUCUCUGAUCAUAGAGGUGAGUGCAGGGAGGGGAUAGAGAGGACUGAGCAGCUGUAACUGUAUGGACACACAGUUCUCUCUCUGAUCAUAUAGAUGAGUGCAGGGAGGGGAUAGAGAGGACUGUGCAGCUGUAACUGUAUGACCACACAGUUCUCUCUAUAAUCAUAGAGAUGAGUGCAGGGAGGGGAUAGAGAGGACUGUGCAGCUGUAACUAUAUGGACACACAGUUCUCUCUCUGAUCAUAGAGAUGAGUGCAGGGAGGGGACAGAGAGGACUGUGCAGCUGUAACUGUAGGACCACACAGUUCUCUCUAUAAUCAUAGAGAUGAGUGCAGGGAGGGGAUAGAGAGGACUGUGCAGCUGUAACUAUAUGGACACACAGUUUUCUCUCUGAUCAUAGAGAUGAGUGCAGGGAGGGGAAUAGAGAGGACUGUGCAGCUGUAACUGUAGGACCACACAGUUCUCUCUCUGAUCAUAGAGGUGAGUGCAGGGAGGGGAUAGAGAGGACUGUGCAGCUGUAACUGUAUGACCACACAGUUCUCUCUAUGAUCAUAGAAAUUAGUGCAGAGAGGGGAUAGAGAGGACUGUGCAGCUGUAACUGUAUGACCACACAGUUCUCUCUCUGAUCAUAGAGGUGAGUGCAGGGAGGGGAUAGAGAGGACUGAGCAGCUGUAACUGUAUGGACACACAGUUCUCUCUCUGAUCAUAUAGAUGAGUGCAGGGAGGGGAUAGAGAGGACUGUGCAGCUGUAACUGUAUGACCACACAGUUCUCUCUAUAAUCAUAGAGAUGAGUGCAGGGAGGGGAUAGAGAGGACUGUGCAGCUGUAACUAUAUGGACACACAGUUCUCUCUCUGAUCAUAGAGAUGAGUGCAGGGAGGGGAUAGAGAGGACUGUGCAGCUGUAACUGUAGGACCACACAGUUCUCUCUAUAAUCAUAGAGAUGAGUGCAGGGAGGGGAUAGAGAGGACUGUGCAGCUGUAACUAUAUGGACACACAGUUCUCUCUCUGAUCAUAGAGAUGAGUGCAGGGAGGGGAUAGAGAGGACUGUGCAGCUGUAACUGUAGGACCACACAGUUCUCUCUCUGAUCAUAGAGGUGAGUGCAGGGAGGGGAUAGAGAGGACUGUGCAGCUGUAACUAUAUGGACACACAGUUCUCUCUCUGAUCAUAGAGAUGAGUGCAGGGAGGGGAUAGAGAGGACUGUGCAGCUGUAACUGUAUGACCACACAGUUCUAUGAUCAUAGAGAUGAGUGCAGGGAGGGGAUAGAGAGGACUGUGCAGCUGUAACUGUAUGACCACACAGUUCACUGAUUGAGGAGUUUCCUGCUGUAUUAUUAAGGGGGGGAUGUCAAUGUUAGUGUGGUGAGGUGGUUCUGAGGGUCCCCUCUUCCUCUAAGUUUUUAGGGCCUAGUAGCAACUACAACUGCUGGCUAUGGGGGGGGGGGGGGGUCACCAUUCCCCUUAUUGUCCAUAGGUUUCAUGUUCCUACAUACAGACACUAUCCACCAGUUGAUACAGAGCAUGGUGAACACUUGUCAAGCUGUUCUUACAUUUCCAGGAGGAAUAAUAGAGGAACUGUACAAUGCCAGUCUUGUAUAUGGACCUGUAUACACUACAAAAACAAUGUUAUAUAGGUUUUUUAAUCACAAAUUAAUAUAAUUUAGGACAGUAUCUCCAUUUGACCACUGUUCAUAUGUAUCCUUAGACCAGUGAUUCCCCAACUAAGGUGCCUCCAGCUGUUUAAAAACUACAACUCCCAGCAUGCCCGGACAGCCUUCGGCUGUCCGGGCAUGCUGGGAGUUGUAGUUUUGCAACAGCUGGAGGCACACUGGUUGAGAAACGCUGCCCCAGACAUAGGUGACAACUGCUAUAAGCUCAGUAUUGAUUAUAUAUACAUAGAAUUAAACCCCCCCUGGGUUUUCGUGGCCUCCAGUAGGGGGCGAUUCUUCUCACUUUCUCCGCUGGGACAUUCCAAUCUGUAUAUAAAGCGCGUCAGACAUCGUUUUAUUUCUUACCCUGGUUUGGUAAAUCCGUUUUAUCGUGUGAAUAUGUUUUUGCCUUUUUUAUUUUGUAUACGAUGAGCUGAUUCUCCACCGCUGCCUGUUCACGGUUAUAGGAUAUUCUGCCUUUGUGUUUUCUGGUGCCGACGUUCUGUGCAUUCAUUCUCUUGGUUAAAUAAAUGAUAUUUUGAAAAAUUC